GUGCCCUGCGCCGGUGGGCUCCAGGGCCGAGCCCCCAGGCCAGGGCCACCCGGGCCGACCCCCCAGGUUGGAUGCUCAUGGACCUGGCCUGGGACAGCGUCCCCGGGCCUCGGCCCAGCACGGCCCGUGUCCGAGUGCGGGAGCUGGGCUGGCAGGGCUGGCACAACCCCCGCCCACAGAGCAAGGACGAGGGCAGCCCUCUGGGUGGCCUGGGCGAGCUGCUGAUGGAGGACAGCCUGUCGCCUGCCCGGCUGAAGGCGAUAGCCCAGGUGGAUGACCUGCGCCAGGUGAGCCGGCUGGAGCUGUGUGCUGACACCCGCCAGAGCAGCCUGGGCAACUUCGGGGUGCACCUGCCCAACCUCAGGCAGCUGAAGCUGAGCGGCAGCCGGCUGGGCUCGGUGAGAGACCUGGGCACCUCCCUGGGCCACCUGCAGGUGCUCUGGCUGGCCCGCUGCGGCCUGAGUGACCUGGACGGCAUCGGCUCCUUUCCCGCACUCAAGGAGCUCUACGUGUCCUACAACGACAUCUCAGACCUCAGCCCGCUGUGCCUGCUGGAGACGCUGGAGGUGCUGGACCUGGAGGGCAACAGCGUGGAGGAGCUGGGCCAGGUGCGCUACCUGCACCUGUGCCCGCGGCUGGCCAUGCUCACACUGGAGGGCAACCCCGUGUGCCUGCGGCCUGGCCCUGGGCCCGCCGCCCAGCCGCCGCAGCAGUACAACUACCGCGCAGAGGUGAGGCGGCUCCUGCCCCAGCUGCAGGUGCUGGACGAGGUGCCGGCCACGCAGACGGAGCCGGCCACGCCGAGGCUGGGCGAGGACUGGCUCAUGGUGAAGGAGGCCAUCAAGGCCAGCAGCGCGCAGGAUCCCUGGCUCCCCAGGCUGGAUCACGCCUCUGGACCCCCCAUCUGGAGACUUGGCCCUGAGCAGUCCUGGCCUGAGAGCCUCAGGCUCCGGCCUCUCUCCCUCCUGGUCCCCAGGAGCCCCCUGGGUGACGGCUCGCUCCCCGAGGACCCCAACCCCGAGGAGGACGCCAGCAACCUCACCCAUGGAGCUGGCCCCGUCCUCUGCGGGAACCCCACCAAAGGCCUCUGGCGGCGUAGGCGGCAGUGCCAGGCCUGGGCGCCCCUGGAGCAGUGCCCACAGGAGCCAGGAGGCCCCACCACCGGUGCUGGCACCCCCAGCUCUGAGCGUGCAGAGAGCCACGAGCUUCUGGCCACGGCCGGGCUCCAGGCCUGGCGGGAGCUGUGCCUGCGCCCUCUGCCCCAGAAGCUGCUGGACUCCCUGCCAGAAGUGGACCCCACCCUCGAGAGCCCCGGGGGUGGGCCCAAAGAGCAGGAACCACCCUGCCCUCUGCCCCCAAGCGUGGCCCCUGGUUCUGGGAGUGACCAACCUGCCACGCAAGGGGAGGACCCCCACCACAGACGAGGUCUCCUGCUGACCCCCGCCCCGCCCAGGGCUCCUCCGCGGCCAGGCCUGGGCUCCGGGGGCCCCAAAGAGCUCCAGUUCCGGGGCCGCCGACUCCGAGCCCUGGGCAGCCUGGGGCCUGUCCUGGACCAGGAGCUGGCUGCGGUCAGCGCACUGAAGGCCCUGAGGGUGGGCUCGGGUCCCAGCCUCCGGGGACGCCCAGGCCCGAAGCCUGCGCCAGACUCCGGGGCCCGACCCCAGGUCUCCGGCACCUGCCACACCUGA